AUGGGCCUUACGUUUCCGUUCUUGCUCCUGGGCUCCUGGCUGCGGAGUCGUCGUCUUCUAUCUGGCUCGGGUCUUGAAGCUACACCACGCUCGGCAAAGGAAGAAGAUCGCGGCGAGGUGCCCAAGGGCAGCGCGGAGAUCUUCUUCCGGAAGGUGAAGUUCUGGAAUGACGACGAGGCAGAGGAGGCGCCCCCAGUCUUCAAUGUCGAUGGGGUUAACUAUAUUCAUGUCAAGGUCGCCGGACUAUUUUUUGUGGUAACCACAAUGGUUAAUGUUUCUCCAUCCCUUCUCCUGGAACUUCUUCAAAGGAUUGCACGUGUUACAAAAGAUUAUCUUGGCGUUCUCAAUGAAGAUUCACUGCGGAAGAAUUUUAUUUUGGUGUAUGAAUUGCUUGAUGAAGUCAUUGACUUUGGAUACCCACAAACAACCUCUACUGAGGUUCUGAAGUCGUACAUAUUCAAUGAACCCAUUAUGGUUGAUGCUGGAAGGCUGCCACCACUUGGUCCUGCUGCUAUGUUCAUGCAAGGCACAAAGUGUAUGCCUGGUACAGCUGUUACAAAAUCUGUUGUUGCUACUGAGCCUGGGGGGAAGAAGAGGGAGGAAAUUUUUGUUGAUAUCAUUGAGAGAAUAAGUGUGACAUUCAGCUCGAGUAAUAAAAAGUCAGAUCCUAGAAUCUGGACAAACUACCAAGAGGGCAAGAACUAUAAAAUUGAAACCAAUUUUUACCUCACUGGCAAUCCGGAAAUCCGUCUUGCUCUCAAUGAGGAUUUGAGCGUUGGAAGAACUGCAUCUUCAUCAUACGAUUACAGAAGUUCUUCUGGAGGAGGAACAGUCAUUCUUGAUGAUUGCAACUUCCAUGAGUCAGUACAUCUGGACAGUUUUGAUAUUGACAGAACUUUGACUUUAAUACCGCCUGACGGAGAAUUUCCUGUAAUGAACUACUGGAUGACCCAAGAAUUUAAGCCGCCAUUUCGUGUAACCGCACUAAUUGAAGAAGCUGGACCAUCAAGGAUUGUUGGUGGUUCUGAGCACACCCUUCGUGCAAAGCUGACAUUUUCCCAGGAGUCACAUGGAAAUAUCACAAAGGAAGCUGGCCCAGUGAAUAUGAAUUUCACUAUACCGAUGUACAAUGCAUCUAAGUUGCAGGUCAGGUAUCUUCAGAUCGCAAAGAAAUCGAAGGCAUACAACCCUUACAGAUGGGUGCGAUAUGUAACACAAGCUAACUCCUACGUAGCUCGUCUAUGA